AUGGGUGCUAGUUGCAAAGAUCAGAAGAAAGCUUUGGCCAUUUGUUUGCAGAGAUCGCCCUGUGUUCUUAUUGAAAGAAACACCCCAAAAGAUUGUCUUACUGACCCGAAGUUAAAGAAGGAGCUACCAGAAUUAUGUGUGGCUAAUUUCAAAGCAUUUAUGGAUUGCAAAAAUGGGAUGUUCGAUAUGAGAAAAAGAAUGAAAGGAAAUGCACCUCUUUCGACGGGAAAAUACGAUGAAAUAUACGACAACUUAUCGAGCGGCAACUUCAAUGCCCAUGACGAAAUGAAGAAGUUGGAAGUAUUGAAUAGAAACUUAUCCAAGCAGAGGUUAUUACAGGAAGAAAAGGAAAGAGCCAGACUCGCAGGAAACCUUUCAGAGUGA